GGUGGGAGGAGGACGGAGUGGCGGAGACCCCACGCCGCCCUCCCCGGCCAGCUCGGCGCGCCCCGCCCCUGCGCACUCUCGGCGGCGGGCGGGCGCGCUGCUCGCGGCCGGGGAAAGUGAGGGCGGCCCUUGGGUGACAGCGCCGCGGGGCCAGUCCCGGGGACGCCGCGCGCCCGCUCGCCUCGCCCGCCGCCGCGAUGGCCUCCACCGCCACCUGCACCCGCUUCACGGACGAGUACCAGCUGUUCGAGGAGCUCGGAAAGGGGGCAUUCUCAGUGGUCAGAAGAUGUAUGAAAAUCCCUACUGGACAAGAAUAUGCUGCCAAAAUUAUCAACACCAAAAAGCUUUCUGCUAGGGAUCAUCAGAAAUUGGAAAGGGAGGCUAGAAUCUGCCGUCUUUUGAAGCACCCCAAUAUUGUGCGACUUCACGACAGCAUAUCGGAAGAGGGUUUCCAUUACUUGGUGUUUGACUUAGUCACUGGGGGUGAGCUGUUUGAAGACAUAGUGGCGCGGGAAUACUACAGCGAGGCCGACGCCAGUCACUGUAUACAGCAGAUUCUAGAGAGCGUAAAUCACUGUCACCUAAACGGCAUAGUUCACAGGGAUCUGAAGCCUGAGAAUUUGCUUCUAGCUAGCAAAUCCAAGGGGGCGGCCGUGAAGCUGGCGGACUUUGGCCUCGCCAUCGAAGUGCAAGGUGACCAGCAGGCAUGGUUUGGUUUCGCCGGCACCCCUGGAUAUCUUUCUCCCGAAGUCUUACGCAAAGACCCGUACGGGAAGCCCGUGGACAUGUGGGCAUGCGGUGUCAUUCUUUACAUCCUCCUGGUGGGCUACCCACCCUUCUGGGAUGAAGACCAGCACAGACUCUAUCAGCAGAUCAAGGCUGGAGCUUACGAUUUUCCAUCCCCGGAGUGGGACACGGUGACUCCUGAAGCCAAAGACCUCAUCAAUAAGAUGCUGACCAUCAACCCUGCCAAGCGUAUCACAGCCUCGGAGGCACUUAAGCACCCGUGGAUCUGCCAACGCUCCACUGUGGCUUCCAUGAUGCACAGGCAGGAGACCGUGGACUGCUUGAAGAAAUUCAACGCACGAAGAAAACUGAAAGGCGCCAUCUUGACCACCAUGCUGGCUACCCGGAAUUUCUCAGCAGCGAAGAGUCUGCUGAAGAAACCAGAUGGGGUAAAGAAAAGGAAAUCCAGCUCGAGUGUUCAGAUGAUGAUAAACAACAAAACCAACGUGGUAACCAGCCCCAAAGAAAAUGUCCCUACCCCGGCGCUGGAGCCCCAAACUACUGUAAUCCACAACCCUGAUGGAAACAAGGAGUCAACUGAGAGUUCAAAUACAACAAUUGAAGAUGAAGAUGUGAAAGCGCGAAAGCAGGAGAUCAUCAAAGUCACCGAGCAGCUGAUCGAGGCCAUCAACAACGGAGACUUCGAGGCGUACACAAAAAUCUGUGACCCGGGCCUCACUGCGUUCGAACCAGAAGCUUUGGGAAAUUUAGUGGAAGGGAUGGACUUUCAUCGAUUCUACUUUGAAAAUGCUCUGUCCAAAAGCAAUAAGCCCAUCCACACCAUCAUCCUGAACCCCCACGUGCACCUGGUGGGCGAGGACGCCGCCUGCAUCGCCUACAUCCGGCUCACGCAGUACAUGGACGGCGGCGGCAUGCCCAAGACCAUGCAGUCGGAGGAGACGCGCGUGUGGCACCGCCGGGACGGCAAGUGGCAGAACGUGCACUUCCACCGCUCGGGGUCGCCCACCGUCCCCAUCAAGCCGUCCUGUAUUCCAAAUGGGAAAGAAAACUUCUCAGGAAGCACCUCUUUGUGGCAAAACAUCUAAGGCCUGAGAACCCUUCACUGUGGGUCUUCUAAAUAUCAACAGUGCCACCUCCACAUUCUCUGUCUCCAGGCACGUGGACGGGACCCUGGGCUCCCCCUCCUCCUCUUCAUGCAUGUUUCUGAGUGCGUGAAGCCGUGAAGGUCCGUGUUCUGCUUAGUGACGCCUCCUCUCGGCCUCGAGUCCCCCCGCCCGCCCACGUUGUUUGCACUCGACCGCGGGAUGUUCCUUGCAAACUCCAGUCACCCUUGGCCAUCGCAGGGGGAUGGCAGAUGUCAAACAAACAACAACAACAAAAAAACAGUUCCACGAUAUUCCAACUCUACACCACCUCUUCAUCCAGUUCCUCUGUUUAUGCCAAGAUUUAACAGACUUUAAAAGCAUAUUGUCCUCUGAAUGACAGUUUGUAAGAGAAAUGUAAAAUUUUUUUAAAAAGACAAAACUCUGCUCUUCAUUUGUUUGGGCUUGUUUCACACACAUAUAUAUAUUUAAGGAAAAAACAAAAGGCCAAAACACACACACACACACACACACACACACACACACACACACAAAUGACAACAGCAACAAAGCCGUCAGUUUCUUGGAGUGAUGACCUUAACGCUCAGUCGCAGUUUAAUGAUUAGAGUCCGUGGAAAUGUGGCAGAAUCACUUGGGGCUAAAGAAGCAGCAUCCGUGAUCCGUGAUUCACUGCCAUGUGAUGCCAUGUUGUUGGGGUGGGGGGGCGGGCAGAAGGAGCAGGGUCCGAACUGUGUAAACUGGAAAAAUCCCAAAUAUCCAUGAGUUUGAUCACUUCGGGGUAUGCUCGCGUUGUUCGGAUUAAGUUGCUGAGCUGAACCACCACCACCCCCCCCCCUACACACACACACACACGUGUUGUUUCCGUGCUCCCCAGCCCACCCUCAUUUCUCUGCUCCUGUGGUUGGUUCCCUCUUUACUUUUCCAUUCUUCCUUUUUCUCCUCUAGCAGCACAUGAGAAAACUGCCGUUGGCCUCACGGUGGUCAGAUAAGUCCGCAUCCCUUUUUGGGGUGGGGGAGGUUUGAUUGUCGGAGCCCUCGAGAGUGUCCCCAGGGGCCCCCUCUAAUGGGCCGAGAUGGCGGCUGUUUCUCCUUCUGCUCGGGCGCCAGCGUGGAGAACUGGCUCUAACAGUGAGGUCUUGGGGUGCUGAGGAAGCCCCCCGCCCGCUCUCCCUCCACGUGUCCUGCUGCUCUGGGCCCCCACCGGGAGACUCCCCAAGGCUGGAGGCGGGGGUGGGGGGGCCGGGGGGGUGUUGAUUGCAAACGCACUUUGGUCUGCUAGGGGAAGGGUCCCCGCCCCCCCCCCCCCGCCACCAGCUGCUUCCGGGGGCGAGGGGCCAGCUGGCGUCUUCUCUGUCAUCUCUCCUCUCUUGCCGCACCCCGGAGGCCCCUCCUGGCCCUGAAUCCCUGUACAGUGCAUGGCCUCCUCCUCCUCGUCAUCAUCCUGGUCCUCAGAAGCCUAUUUUUAAAGCAAACAAGAAAAAAAAAAAAGGAAAGGAAAAAAAUAAAACCUACCCCUCCAAGUGAUGACGACAGUAAACACCCUCUUUUCUCUCCUCCUGCCCCCCUUUCCCUGAUUACUCUCCACCUUAGAUAUUGUCGCUAGUGGAUAUACGGUAGAUGGAUUGAAGCUUUUCUGAUCAUUAUUACACAAUUUAAAACAAUCUAUAUUUAAAAUAAAUAUAUACAGUCAAUGUAUUGAGCCAUGUUAACCUGCCAAUGAGAUCUGUGAAAAAGUAAUGGCCUCAUUCCCCCUGCUCAUUUCCUUUACCUUUAUUUGUGAAAUGGCUACACGUGCGUACAUGUAUUUUUUUUUAAAUUAGGUAUAGAGUGGUUCCGUUGGGUUUUUUUUUUUUUACACCUUUAACUUAGCAUGUGGUGUUGAAGUAUCACUGUAGACCGUUUGCCUUCCGCACUCAGACGUGAGGAAAUUGUGAUUUGUUCUCUCUCAGCCACCAUCGGAUGACACAUUUAUUAUCUUCUAUCAUUUGGAAACACUGCAGUCUGCCAUGGGACACUGUAUAUAUUUCUUGCCAUAAUGGUAAAUGACUGAUAUAUUUAAGAGUUAAUAAAUUUGUGAUUUCUGCUGA